CGCUCCUCAGCGUCGGGCCUUCUACUUCCAUGGUGACGAAUCCAAAACAGUUAUCAAUGGCGCUCUUUUCAAACCACUUUACCGCGGAAUCCUGUUAUUGCAACAAGUUUCUGGUUAUUGUAACCUGGUUUGUAAAACAUUAACAAUCUUAAAAUGAAUCAGGGGCUGGUUAUUGAUCCUUGGGAUAGCACCAAAAGGGGUAAUGUAGCGUUAUGUUGACUUUUAUUAGGCUAACAUUAGCCGCUACAAAGGGUGUUUACUGAUAACUAGCUCAAAUGUUUUUUUAAAGACCGAAUAAUAGUAACACCAGCUAACUCGGUGAUUCGUUUAAUAAUACUAUACCGGUUUUAUAAAUGAAACAUCGGACUUGUGUGUAAAAAAAAGAUUGAUUCAAAGAACCGCAAGCAUUAGAAAAAUGAACAGCAGCGCAGAGAGGAAAUUCGUGAACCUUCGGAAACGUCUGGAUCAGCUGGGCUACAGACAACCUUUAGGGAUUGAGUCGCUGCCGCUCGUGGAGAAACUGUUCAGCGACCUGCUUCACGUAACCGAGAGCCUGCGCACUGCCAAACUAUCAGCAGGAAAGACCGAGAAAGAGAGCCGAAAUGUUGAUGCUCUGCUGGAGCCCUACAGGGCAGAGAAUGCCAGGGUUGUCAGGGAAAACAAUGACCUGCAUCUAGAGCUCUUGAAACUCAGGGAGGAGAAAGAUCGGGUCACUAGAGAACUCAAAUCACAAAUCAGAAAACUGGAUCAUGAGACAUCUGAUCUAAAGUUUCUAAACAACCAGUAUGUGCAUAAAGUCCGCUGCUUGGAAAAGGACAGCAAGGCUAAAGCUGAGCGGAUCCAGCAGCUGCAGGAGAAGAACAUGCAAGCUGUUGUGCAGACGCCAGGUGGGAAAAAGCGCAGUAUUCCUUUUCGACGACAGAGAAUGCAGAUUGAUGAGCUCCUACCUCCUCCUUCUAAAUCCACCUAUCCUGUCCCCCAGCCUAAUGAUCCAUACAUAGCUGACCUGCUGCAGCUGGCCGAUGGAAGGAUUAAUGAACUACAGGACGACUUUAUCAAGCUUAAACUGGACCUGGAAAAUGGCCAAGAAUGUAUAAAACAUCUGAAUACUCAGGUGGAUGAAAGGGACAGAGAGAUAGAGCGUUUGAAUCAUGUCCUACAAGGAGGACGGCCUCAUGAUGUCAUUUCUCUCGAAGCGCAGAACAUCAGCAAUGAAAAACUGAUCGCCCAUCUCAACCUUCAGAUCGAGUACCUGCAGGAGACCAAUAGGACCCUGGAGCAAAGGGUAGAAGGACUGCAGCUAAAGAAGAAGGACGCCUCCACAGAGGUGGCAAAUCUCUCCUUGAAGAACCUGGAGCUCUGUGAGGAACUGACACAUAUAGAUCAUCUUGCAAAAUGUAUGGAGAUGGACAAGGAACGUGUGUUGGAAACUGCUGAUAUGGAACUACAAGAGUCAAAAAAAGAAAUUCAAAGGCAGCAGAAAACCAUUGAAGACUUGGAGGAUAUUAUCACAAAUUCUAGAAGGGAGCUGUCUGAAGGAGAAUUUGAAAGAGAUCACUUAAGAGAUCAACUGAUGGAGCUGAAGGAGCAGAACAUGAAGAUGGAGGGACUAGUGAACUUCCUGGAAGACGAGAAAACCAGGCUGCAGGACAAAGUGGAGAAGAUGAUGGCCGCUGAUAAAGAGCUGGUGCUGGAGUUGGAGGCUAUGCGUGUUAAACAUGGUGUCUGUGGGAGAGAGCAUUCCCCAUCUCGUCUGGAUGCCUUUGUCAAAAACCUAGAAGAGGAGAGGGAUUUCUAUCGCCACGAAGCUGAGCGGUAUAAGAGAGCCAGAGGAGCCGGGGGACCAGGCGUGAGCCCCCGACGCAGUCCAGAGAGAAGCAGAAGUUUGAAAGGCAAUGUGACCAAAGGGAGUGUUUCAGAGGUAGAACUGAUCCGCGUCAUCAAAGAACGGGAUGAGAUCAAGGCCGCUCUGGUGGACUUUGAGAAGCACAUGGAGGAAAUCCAAAAGAAUGUGAAAGGCCUCACUGAUGAGAGGGACCAUUUCAAAACCCGCCUUAAGCAAGCUGAAGAUGACCUAAAGUUGGCCCACAGAGCAGGUUUGUCGGCUGACAUGUUGAGACUACAGGAGGAAUUGAGACGUGCUGAGGUAAAGCUUGAGCAGAUGACCUUGGAAAGGGACACACUGAUGGAGAGGUUAAAGGUCGCCCAAGGUUCAGCUCUCAGUGACAGAGAGGAGAGGAGGAUGCUCGACUUGGAGAAUACUGUCAAGAGUCUGGAGCAGGAGAGAUUGGAUCUGCAGUCUCAAGUGUUUCUGUUAAAGGAGAGUAAAGAGGCUGUGGAGGAAGAGCUGAAGGUUCGAUCCACUGCUUCAGUCCAAAACGCAGAAGUUGUUGCCCAGCAGACGGCUGAGGCGAGCACUCUAAGGCUGCUGCAGGAGCAGAUGGAGCAGUCACUGUCUGAUAUGCAGCGUAGACUUUCAGUGAAGAUGAAUGAGCUGCAUGUGGCCCAUGAGCAGAUUGAAAAGCUGGAGGAGAGAUUAGGGGAGUUGAGUCAGCAGAGUUUAAAACACAAAGAGGAAGUGGCUGCUCUCCAGAAGUCUAUCUCUCUCCUGGAUAGAGAGAAAGACGCCCUGCAGGAUGAGGUGGAUCAAAAGGCAGAAAAACUGGUUGCUCUCCAGGACAACCUGUCCCAGAAGGAAAAAACUCUUGACGAUGUGAGACUCACUGUCAAAAAUAUGGACAAUUCCCUUGCUCAAUUGCAAGGAGCAUUAAAGAUCCGUGAACGGGAAAUCAGCAGCCUGAGGAGGCAGCUGGAUGCGUCUCAGGAGGAGCUGGCCGCCCUCAAGAGAGACAAAGAAGUCACGCUAAGAGAAAACAGGAGGCUGCAGGAUGACCUGGCCACCAUGACCAGGGAGAACCAAGCGGUACAUUUAGAAAUGGAGGAGGCUUUGCAUGAGAAGGAUGAGUUAAAGUUGAGGGUCCACUCAUAUAUUUCGGAAGUAUCCAGAAUAGAGAAACUAAUGGCCACAAAGGAGCAGGAGAACAGGGAUUUACUGGAGCGCUUCAGGAUGGCCCACUCUGGCAUGCAGGAAAAGGAGCAGAAGCUGCACCAGGCUGAAUGCCUGAAUAACUCCACCCGCCUCGAGCUGCUCUCCUCGGACACAGAGCGCAGGCAGCUCCGGGACACACUAAGGCAAAAAGAGCGAGAGAUCCAACAGCACAUGCAGGCCCUACAGGCCUAUGAAGCCCAGGUGUCCUCACUGGUUCGUGGGAUGUCCCGACUAGAAGAGGAGCUGAACAAAGCACAGGAGGAGAAGGCCGCUCUCCUUUCAGAUCUAGCCUCUGUCAGGGAGCUCUGUGUCAAACUAGACUCCGGGAAGGACCUUGUUACACGACAGCUGACCUCCAAGAGCAUGGACUUAGAGAGGGUGAGUGGGGAACUGGAAGACGUUCGCUCAGAGGUUGAGGUCCUGAAGAAACAACUAGCCAGUGAGAGGCUGACCGUGCGCAACCUUGAGACACUGCUGUCUACCAACCGGCAGAAGGAGUUCCAGACUCAUCUGACUGCCAGUGAGAGAGAGUCUGAACUGAAAGUCCUGCGUGACAGGCUCACUGUGGCCGACAGCAAAAAUGCAGAGCACGCCAGAGAGGUGUCCCAGCUCCGUGGAAAAGUGUCUCAACUGCAGACAGAAAUGGAUGUGCUGAAACGACAGCUGACCGCUGAGCGAUUCGAACGAGAAAGAGCGGUUCAGGAGAUGCGCAGACAGGGAUUGUCAUUUUCAUCUUUGCAAAGCUCGUCUCCUCUCAGUUUAUCUGGAGGCUCUCAUCACACCUCUGCAGAACGCUCCAUCCUCCGAACUCAAGAGCACUCCUCAGACAAAUCUACAGACAAGUCUACAGACAAGAGCGUUAGCUUCAAGGACUGACCUUUCUAAAGACAUGAAGUUGCACAGACCUUUACUUAUUUUCGUUUAUAUAUAUUCAUAUUUUAUAACACCUGGUAUCAGGCACUUUCACACGUCUGAAAGUAAUUUUAUUCAUAGCCUUAACCAAUAAACUGUUAAUGAAAUGUUUCACAUGUUGGUGAGUGUGUAAAUAUAUAUAUAUAUAUA